CAUUUCGAACGAUUCAGGUUUGGAUUUAGUAUGUCAUCUCGCGAGAUUUGGCUGCCUCGUUGAGUUGUCCAGUUUGUAAAUAUCGUGAGACGUAAGUACUACUACAGCGGCGGAGGUUUUUGCUAAGCCCUGCUUUGCAAUAUAUCUCUGCUGCACAACUGAGGCGUUACUUGCUCAUCACAGUUGUAGAAUAAAAAACAUAAAUCAUGGGUAACCUUUUUGGGAAUUUGCUGAAGAGCCUCAUAGGAAAGAAGGAGAUGAGGAUCUUGAUGGUGGGGCUUGAUGCAGCUGGAAAAACAACAAUCCUCUACAAGCUCAAACUGGGCGAAAUAGUCACCACAAUCCCCACCAUUGGUUUUAAUGUGGAGACAGUAGAGUACAAGAACAUCAGCUUCACUGUUUGGGAUGUGGGUGGGCAGGACAAGAUCCGCCCCCUCUGGAGACACUACUUUCAAAACACACAGGGUCUAAUCUUUGUCGUGGACAGUAAUGACAGAGAGCGUGUGAAUGAGGCACGGGAGGAGCUGAUGAGGAUGUUGGCUGAGGAUGAGCUGAGAGAUGCAGUACUUCUUGUGUUUGCCAAUAAACAGGACUUGCCGAAUGCCAUGAAUGCUGCUGAGAUCACAGACAAACUGGGUUUACACUCCCUCCGUCACCGUAAUUGGUACAUCCAGGCCACCUGUGCCACCAGCGGAGACGGCCUCUAUGAGGGCCUUGAUUGGCUGGCCAAUCAGCUCAAGAACAAGAAAAACUAAACAUCCCAGUUGGUUGUGCUGAUGUUGUCGCCAUCUGCCGAUUGAAGCACGUUACCAAACCACAGAUUUCUGCAUUCAGUAUGAACAGAAACACAGUGUACGUCCUGUGUAGUUGUUGAUAUUUUGCACAAGGUGGGUUAAAGUGCACACAAACACACACACAACCUGUCCAAGUGCAUCAGCUUGCUCCCCCUCACGUUUUUGUUGUCUCUGUAAAUUGCUUUAAUACCAUAUUUACUGAAUGUCAAUACUGUUGAUGAAUCAAUAAAUGACCAUAACAUUUAUUUUCCAUGAAUAUCACUUUAAUUACGUCUCAGCAGCAUAAUUAUUUGAUAGAUUGCACAGGAAGCAGAUCAGAAUGUUGCCGCUGUUUGUACAGAUCGCUGCUGAUAGCAGCGGGUUGAAAUUAAAAUAUUUCCUUGUGUGCCGUACACUCGCACAGCUUCUCAUCCACUGACAGUUCAACAGUUCCAGCAACUCUUCUGUGUAUUUUUCAUUUAUAUGACAUGUCUGUUUGAGUUUAGUUUGUGGCCUUAUGCAGGUAGUCACUUAAAAAUUGCCUACAUAUUGAUUUAUUUUCACAUAGUUUAGUUGUCAUUUUCAGCCACAUGUAUUUAUCU